AUGACUAUUUCUGACGGAGGAGAGUUGCCUACAAGGCUUGAGGGACAGCUCAGUGCCAUGGUGUUUUGUUGGGUUCUUGGACUUGGAUCUCUUGUCGCUUGGAAUAGCAUGCUCACGAUUGGUGAUUAUUAUUACAAUUUGUUCCCAAAAUAUCAUCCUUCAAGGGUGCUUACCCUUGUUUACCAACCAUUCGCCAUUGGAACAAUGGCGAUCCUCGCAUACAAUGAAUCGAAGAUCAAUACCAGACUGCGGAACAUAGUCGGAUACCUGCUUUUCACUGCAAGUUCUUUCAUGCUCAUAGUGUUGGAUUUAGCUACAUCAGGGAAAGGAGGAGUCGGAUCUUUUAUCGGUUUAUGUGCAAUUGUUGGUUGUUUCGGAGUUGCGGAUGCGCUCGUUCAAGGUGGAGUUGUUGGUGAAAUAUCUUUCAUGCUACCCGAAUUUAUCCAGUCUUUCCUUGCUGGUUUGGCUGCAUCUGGUGCACUAACCUCUGGUUUGAGGCUUGUCACUGAAGCAGCAUUCGAAAAUUCCAAUAAUGGUCUUCGCAAGGGGACAAUGUUGUUCCUAGCCAUUUCUACAUUCAUCGAGUUCCUUUGCGUCCUGUUGUAUGCAUUUAUCUUCCCCAAAUUGCCCAUAGUUAAGUACUUUCGCUCGAAGGCAGCUUCCGAAGGAGCGAAAACGGUUCAAGCCGAUCUUGCUGCAGCUGGAAUUCAAACAAAAGAAGACCAAAGACAUGAAGACAAUGCUGAACGGAGUAACAGGCUGAGCAACAAACAGCUGUUCUUCCAGAAUAUUGAUUACGCGCUCGGCCUUUUUCUGAUAUACGUCUUGUCACUGUCGAUUUUCCCAGGAUUCUUGUUCGAAAACACCGGCAAACAUAAGUUGGGUCCAUGGUAUCCACUUGUACUUAUAGCAGCAUACAAUUUGUGGGAUCUGGUAUCAAGAUAUCUUCCCCUCUUGAAAUUCCUCAAGAUUGAAUCCCGGAAAGGUCUUAUGAUCGCGAUACUUUCUCGUUUCUUACUUAUCCCCUCCUUUUACUUCACUGCCAAGUAUGGUGACCAAGGAUGGAUGAUAAUGCUUGUCUCCCUCCUCGGAUUAACAAACGGCCACCUUACCGUAUGCGUUCUUACAGAAGCUCCUAAAGGUUACAAGGGACCUGAGCAAAAUGCCUUGGGCAAUUUAUUAGUACUAUGCUUACUGGGUGGCAUAUUUGCUGGGGUUGCUUUGGACUGGCUAUGGCUAAUUGGUACAAAGAAUGCCUUCUAA